AUGGCGUCAGCAAUGGAGAGGGAGUUCGAGGCAAGAUUUGAGCCCGGCCGCCGCGACAGCAAGAUGCCCGUCUCGACUCCCAUCAAGCAGGAGCAAGAAAUGCCUCGAAAGCAGUCCCCUGAGACCACGUUCGACGGCUGGUCUUCUCCCGCCAACAACUGGUCUACUCCGCCACCGGCCCCAGCGUCUUCUCCACCCAUCGCCCAAUACACGCCUCACCAGCUCCGCAAGAUUGGCGAGCAAUGUGGCAACCGCUUGCCGCCCGCCAGCGCCGUGCAGAGCAUGUUUCUGUACGAGAUGCAGCGCCAGACCGAGCUCGAGAGCCUCUUUCACGGCUCCAUCUUCCAGCUCGCCAAGCAAGAAGAUGACACCACGGCGCAGAACAAGCGCAUUCAAGACCUCGAGGAUCGCCUCGCCCGUUUCGAAAAGCAGACCGCUUCACGUGACCUUCAGGAGCGCCUCGCCACCUCUAAGACCGCCAUGAGCGUCCAGCAGCACCGUCUCGACCACUGUCUUGGCCGUGUCGCAACCCUCGAGGGUAAGCUCGUCAGCCUCACGGACGACAUCGACACCAAAAAGGCUGCCCAGGAGUCCACUGCUGCCGAGGAUACCACCACAUCUUCCGCCGAGAUCAAUCGGGACAUCGAGGUGAUAAAAGAAGAGGUGAACGUGCUCUUCGGAGACCGUGACGGCAUCAUUGAAAUGGUCGACGACAUCAAGACUCGGCUCUCCAAGCUCGAGGACAACGUACGCAUGCUCACCCUGCAGAACACCGCUAUCAGAUCGCCAACUCCAACCCAGUCUAUCGACUUGCAGACGCCUAACACAAACGGCCUCGCCCUGGGGGUCCCAAAAGGUAAGCCAGCUGUCUCCCUUAACAAGGAGAAUCGACAUGUUGCCGCUAUUCGCAGCUUCACCCCUGGCAAGCAGUGGGCAGCUUAG